ACUCAAAGAGAGAGAGAAAUAAAUUUCUUUAUUCUUUAAACUUUCUUUCUCUCGCUUAUUUAUUACAUGUUAUCGAACGUAGAAAAAGAACAUUUACCUCCACCUUCUGUAUUGUUUGGAUCAAACUACUAUUACCUUUCUCCAGGGACGACAAAGCCAAUGUAUGCAUCAAAACAAACACAAAAAAGAAAAAGACGUCAAAAAGAAACCAACCAAAAUCUGCAAUCCAAAAAAAAAAAAUCAACAUCACCAUACCAUUAUGAAAUAUUAGAACUAAAAAAGAAAUCAACUAAAAAACAACGUAAAGAAUCAGAAGCUGUGUCUGCUGCUGCUGCUACUUUGGCUUCUUUUGCUUCUGCUGCUACUUUGGCUUCUUUUGCUUCUGCUUCACCAAGAGAAGAUACAGACGACGAAGGAUCAGAAGCAGACAAUGAAUGUGUCCAUUUAGAGUCUUGUUUAGGUCAAGGAGGUUCUUUUGAAUGUGAAUACUGUGGUUGUAAUUACAAACACUUGAAUUGUCUUCAGAAACAUGGCUGGGAACAUACUGAAAUACGUCUUGGUAUGACUAAACAACAACAAACGCAACUACUAGAGGCAGCACAAAUCCUUAUGGAUAUUGCCAGAUAUGGUAUGAAAAUGCUGUCAUCAUCAUCAUCAUAAUAAUAAUAAUAAAAACCCC